AUGAGUAAACGAUCUACUCGCCGCGAACCGUCCUCUUCGGACGAUAGUUCCGUCGAUAGUGAAGAGGAACGCCGCCGAGCGGAUCUGAAGGAACGGGACGAGUUUGCUCAACGAUUGAAAAAGCGUGAUGAGGACCGAACGCGAAAAGUGGUCGAAUCGACCACGGGCAAGAGGGCCUACGAGGAAGCGGCCAAACGGUUGAAGCUGGAAACAGAGGACAGAGAAAAGCUGCUCCCAAAGUUACGAAUCCAGUCCCGUCGCCAGUACCUGGAAAAACGUAAAGAGGACAAGGUUGCCGAACUCGAGGCGGAUAUUCUCGACGAUGAGUAUCUAUUUGCGGAAACGGAAAUUACCGAGCGUGAGCGGCAAGACCGGGAGUACAAGAAAAGCUUGUUGCAAAUUGCCAAGGAACAUGAGAAGGCUCGGGAGCUGGAGCGCAUCCAGCGCUACCACAUGCCAAAGGACAUCAAGAAGGGCGAAACGCAGGAGUACGUCGAGGUGGAUGAGCGUGAGCGUAUGCCACAUUCGGAGCAGAAGAAGUGGGAAGCGGAACAGUUGGCCUCGGCAGUGUACAAGUUUGGCUCGAAGGAUGCAAAGGAAAGGGCAGCCCAGCAGGAGGAGUAUGAGUUGCUGCUGGACGAGCAGAUCGAUUUCGUACAAGCGAUGCAAACGGCCGGCACGAAAGACAAGGAGCGCAAACGGGAGGUUACGGAGGCUCAGAAAAAGAAGAUGAAUAUCGAGGAGACAAAAAAAUCACUCCCCAUCUACCCGUUUAAGGAAGAUCUUAUUGCAGCCAUUAACGAUCACCAGAUUCUGAUCAUCGAGGGUGAGACGGGGUCCGGUAAAACGACCCAAAUUCCCCAGUAUCUCUAUGAGGCGGGCUUCACUAACGAUGGCAAAAAGAUUGGUUGCACGCAGCCCCGGCGAGUUGCCGCCAUGUCGGUCGCGGCACGUGUCGCUGAAGAGAUGGGAGUAAAACUCGGCAAUGAGGUUGGUUACAGCAUCCGAUUUGAAGAUUGCACCUCCGAACGGACGGUGAUCAAAUACAUGACCGACGGUACGCUCCAUCGGGAAUUCCUUUCGGAGCCGGAUCUUGGGUCCUACAGUGUCAUGAUUAUUGACGAAGCUCACGAACGUACUCUCCACACGGAUAUUCUUUUCGGCUUGGUGAAGGAUAUCGCUCGGUUCCGGUUGGAUUUGAAGCUGCUCAUUUCUAGUGCAACGCUGGACGCGGAGAAGUUUUCCGACUUUUUCGAUAAAGCACCCGUUUAUCGAAUACCAGGACGUCGUUAUCCGGUUGAUAUAUUUUACACAAAGGCGCCCGAAGCGGAUUACAUUGACGCUUGUGUCGUUUCCGUGCUGCAAAUCCAUGCUACUCAACCGUUGGGUGAUAUAUUGGUAUUUUUAACAGGCCAAGAAGAAAUUGAAGCUUGUCAGGAAAUGUUGCAAGAGCGGGUUAAACGCCUUGGUUCGAAGCUAAAAGAGCUGCUUAUACUGCCAAUCUACGCCAAUCUCCCUUCGGACAUGCAGGCGAAGAUAUUCGAACCGACCCCUCCGAACGCUAGAAAAGUCGUUCUGGCCACCAACAUCGCGGAAACGUCGCUCACUAUCGACAACAUCAUCUACGUGAUCGAUCCCGGGUUCGCAAAGCAGAACAAUUUCAACUCCCGCACAGGGAUGGAGACACUGAUGGUGGUUCCCAUAUCGAAGGCCUCCGCAAACCAACGAGCAGGCCGAGCUGGUCGAGUUGCGCCGGGUAAAUGCUUCCGGCUCUAUACGGCUUGGGCGUACAAGAAUGAACUGGAAGAGAAUACGGUACCGGAAAUUCAGCGUAUCAACCUAGGAAACGCUGUGCUCAUGCUGAAAGCGCUCGGAAUCAACGAUUUGCUGCAUUUCGACUUCCUUGACCCACCACCGCACGAAACGUUGGUUCUGGCGCUCGAGCAGCUGUACGCACUGGGUGCGUUAAAUCAUCACGGCGAGCUGACGAAGCUUGGCCGGCGGAUGGCCGAGUUUCCCGUCGAUCCAAUGAUGGCCAAGAUGUUGCUUGCAAGUGAAAAGUAUAAAUGCUCCGAAGAGGUCGUCACGAUCGCCGCCAUGCUGUCGGUGAACGGAGCGAUCUUCUACCGACCGAAGGAUAAAAUCAUUCACGCAGAUACCGCGCGGAAAAACUUCAACCACAUGCACGGAGACCAUCUCAGCCUGAUGCAGGUGUACAAUCAGUGGGCCGAAUCGGACUAUAGCACGCAGUGGUGCUACGAAAACUUCAUUCAGUUCCGCUCGAUGAAACGGGCGCGUGAUGUACGGGAGCAGAUCAUGGGACUGAUGCAACGCGUCGAGAUAGAAAUGGUAUCGGCACUGCCGGAGACGACCAACAUUCGGAAGUCGAUAACGGCCGGCUACUUCUACCACGUGGCCCGACUCUCCAAGGGGGGCAACUACAAGACGGUGAAGCACAAUCAAACAGUGAUGAUUCACCCGAAUUCGGCGCUAUUUGAGGAGCUUCCUCGGUGGCUACUGUACCACGAGCUCGUCUUCACGACGAAGGAGUUUAUGCGCUCGGUCAUCGAAAUCGAUAGCAAAUGGUUACUCGAGGUCGCACCGCACUACUACAAGCCGAAGGAGCUGGAAGAUUCAACGAACAAAAAGAUGCCCAAAACGGUUGGACGAGCCACGCUGACAGAAGCUUGAAUAACGGAAAUGGAAACGAAUGUAAGUGUAGAUAAUAAUUAACAAUUGAAAAUAAAUUUAAGACAAUGAUAAACUAUGAGAAAAUAGGAGUGAAAUUAACAUAAGGUGUAAAUUGUGUAUUUCAUUUUCUUAAUACUAAUG